AUGCCACCACCUCGCGGAACCCAGAAUAUACUGGAGGGCCCUGGUGACUACGACGUGACCUCAGUUGUGCAUAGUGACUCCUACCCAGAGAUCGACCCUCUUCAGUUCGACUUUUCCGGAAAAGCCGUUUUCGUUACCGGAGGCUCGCGUGGUCUAGGCCGUGCGAUGGUGCUUUCAUUUGUUCGAGCGGGAGCUUCAUUUGUUGCUGCUGGUGCGCGAUCAGACAUGUCUCAGCUAGCCAAAGAUGUAGCUGCCACCGCGCAAUCCGCCAACCGAAAGCCUCCGAAGUUUUUGCCAGUGAAUAUAGAGGUUUCUGAUCCCAAGAGUGUUGAGAAUGCCGCUGCGCUCAUUGAAAGUGAAUUUGGUCGAAUGGACAUUGUCAUCAACAAUGCCGGCCUGCUUGGCUCUCAUGGAGGAAUUGCCGCAACUGAUCCUGAAGAGUGGUGGAAUAUUAUGAGUGUGAAUCUUCGAGGGCCGUAUCUUGUUGCUAGGUCAUUCCUACCUAUGCUAGCAAAAAGCCCCAACCCAUACAUCAUCCAGGUUACGAGUGUGGCAGCUCACCUGUUGAACCCAACCUUGACCGCUUAUCAAACAUCUAAAGCAUCAUUGUUACGGUUUACACAGCUCAUUGAUGCAGAGUAUGGAAAGCAAGGCGUAACUUCAUUUGCUAUCCACCCAGGAAACUGUCCCACAGACAUGAUGGGUGGACCAGAGGGAUUGCACGACUUUGAGAAGCAUAUCUUCGUAGACUCGCCAGAUCUUAGUGCCGAUACACUCGUAUUCCUCACUUCAGAAAACCGAGAGUGGCUAGGUGGUCGCUAUAUCAACGUGACUUGGGACAUGCCCGAGCUUGUGGCGAAGAAGGACGAAAUCGUGGAAGGAGACAAGCUCAAGACGAGAUUCAUAUUUUGA